AUGCUCUAUCUCACCGCCGACAAGUUCCCAGUCUUCGUGCCAUUUGGCCUGAUUGGUUUCUAUCGGUACUUUUGGUAUCUGAUUCGAUUGUCGGCCGCUCUCGUCUACCGUCCGAUCCCUCCUCCGCCAGAGCCUACGUAUAACCCUGCCGAGGAUGUCACAAUCAUCGUCCCUACCAUCGAUGCUGGCGAGGAGUUCAAGGAGGCUGCAUACAGCUGGCUGCAGGGCAACCCCGCCCGGAUCAUCAUUGUCACGGAGCAUCGCAUGGUCGAACCUCUGCAGGCGCUGGCAAAUGAGGUCGACCCGACAAAGAUACAGGUGCUCUCGGUCCCAAAGGCCAAUAAGCGCCUGCAGAUGGUCCAUGGCAUUCGGCACGUCACGACGGACAUCAUCGUCUUUGCCGAUGACGAUGCCAUCUGGCCCCCAACGAUGCUUCCUUGGGUCUUGGCCUGCUUCGAGGACCAGUCGGUGGGCGGCGUGGGCACGAGCCAGCGGGUCAAGCCCCAAGGACGAAAGAUGACGGUGUGGGAGACGCUGGCUGCAUUUCGCCUCUCGAUUCGCAACUUUGAAAUCGCUGCCAGCACACACAUCGACGGGGGAGUCCCCUGCCUCUCUGGGCGUACUGCGGCGUACAGGACAGUCAUUCUCAAGGACCCUAUGUUUCUCCAUGAAUUCACCCACGACUACUGGCUGGGCAGGUACUUGCUCAACUCGGGCGACGACAAAUUCCUUACGCGGUGGCUCGUCAAGAACGGCUGGCAGACCUACAUCCAGGUGUGCCCCCAGGUAGAACUGCUGAGCACUAUGAAACCCGACUGGCGCUUCCUCAAGCAGGUACUCCGCUGGACGAGAAAUACCUGGCGAUCUGACAUACGGUCCAUCUUCAAGGAGAGGAGAAUCUGGACGAGCCAUCCCUACGUGGCCUACUCGAUGUGCGACAAAUUCGUUAACCCAUUCACGUUGCUGUUGGGUCCUUGCCUUGUUGCAUACCUCUGCGUCAAGAGUCAAAGGGGAACCAAGGAAGGAGGGUACCAUCUGCCGAUCUGGAAGAUCAUCGUCUCGUACAUUGUUUGGAUUCUCGCCACCAGGACGGCCAAGCUGUUGCCUCACCUGUGGUACAGGCCACAGGAUAUCAUAUACGUUCCUGCCUACAUCCUGUUUGGCUACUACUUUGCCAUCAUGAAGCUCUAUGCUCUCUGUACCCUCCAUGAAACGGGUUGGGGCACGCGGCAGGGCGUCGGCGAACCGCAAGAAGCGUCCGAUGCAAAAGAGGCAGACCAGCAUCGUCAUCGCAUCAAUCACGCUCAACAAAAGCAGGCGCAAGCUCAACCGUGGGAUCCUCCUCAACGUGAGCUGCAGCCGAAUCACCCCCUUCCCCUGAGCUCCAUUCGCCCCAUUACGGCGGGAGCUACCGCGAGCGAGAUGCCUGUGACACCGCCGCAUCGACGAGAGAAGCAGCAACAGUCCCAGGCUGCAGAGCCCGGUAUGAUGCCGAGGCCUGUUCAGGAUUCUUCGCCCAAAGACUUUUCGUCGUCUUCGCCGCCCGGAGGAUCAAGGUUGAGUGGUUUCUUCAAUGCGACCAAUCUCGUCUUCCACGGUGACACAGGGGCCAGUCAUGCGGGCGGACAACAUCGAAACUCAAACGAAGAGGGGCACAGCGACCACGAAGGAAAAAGAGGGAGUCCCGGCCGCAGAAACGGAGUGCUGCUGGGUGCGACAAAGGGGUUGAAUAUCUACAAAAGACAAGAGGAGACGUCCUCGUCAUCUCUACCAUCACAGUCUCCGUCUCCGCCUCACUCGACUGCUCAAGCGCAGAUGCUGCCAGAGUCCCUCGAGAUGAACAGACUCGGGCCGCAGAGAAGCGCCCCGAGCUCGGUCAGGUCCAAGGUGUCUUCCGAGAGGACACAUGGAGCCUUUUGA